UCAAAUUGGCAUCAGUCAACUCCCGACUGCCGGAGGAAGCGCACGCGGUGAAAAAAAAGUAGCGCGAACUAAUGCAGUGAACAUUUUGUGUUAUUAACGUGAUAUACGCAAUACGAGUGCAUUUAGAAGAUUUACUACUGUUUUAACCGGUGUCAAAGAUGCCGCUCCAGAUAAGAAGAGCGGGCGUGGUCUCCUUCCUCCGGGAGAACCUUCUUACGUUACUGACAAUCAUUGGAGUUGUGGCUGGAACUCUUCUCGGUUGGGGAUUGAGAGCUACUGGGUAUGAAUGGACACGACGAGAGGUUAUGUACUUCCAAUACCCUGGAGAGCUGUUUCUCAGGAUGCUGAAAUGCCUGAUUGUGCCUCUGCUAGUUUCAUCGAUUGUGUCUGCUAUCGGGUCGUUGGAUCUUAGCCUGUCGGGCAAAGUUGGUCUGCGGGCGAUCAUCUACUACAUGACAACGACAUUCUGCGCAGUGGUGCUGGGAAUAGCGCUCGUCACCACGAUCAAACCUGGCCAAGACCCUGAUUCUUUACCUGCUACCACGAAAGUCAUUUCCAAGGAUACACUGACGGCUGACAGUAUUCUUGAUUUAAUACGAAACGUUUUCCCCGAAAACAUAGUUGAAGCUACCAUUGCCUCAUAUCGCACGAAGCUCACCUACGAUGUGAAUGACACGAGAGCUAUCAAAGGUCAACUGGAAACCUACAAAAUAGAGAAUUACUACCAGAAGGGCAGUAAUGUCUUAGGUCUGGUGGCGUUCAGUAUAGUGCUGGGCAUCACUCUUGGUAAAAUGGGAGAGAAGAGUCGACCGCUGCAAAAUUUCUUCCACACCCUCUCAGAGGCCAUGAUGAUAAUUACCGGAUGGGUUAUUUGGCUCUCACCCCUCGGAGUAUUCUUCCUUGUGACAGCGAAGAUCAUGGAAAUCGAGUCAUUCUCUGACCUCGUGGGGAGACUUGGUCUCUACUUUAUGACGGUUUUACUGGGUCUCUUCCUUCACGGUUUUGGGACUUUGAGUAUUCUCUUUGUGCUAGCUACAAAGAAGCUGCCUUGCAGAUAUAUUGCGAAGAUGGGACAAGUUAUGGCCACUGCGUUUGGAACUGCAUCAAGUUCAGCAACAAUGCCAAUAACGAUAGGCUGCUGUGAUGAUAUGGGUCUGGACCCGCGCAUCACACGCUUCGUGAUCCCUAUCGGAGCCACCAUUAACAUGGAUGGCACGGCGCUAUAUGAGGCCGUCGCUGCAAUAUUUAUCGCACAACUUAGGAAAAUCGAUAUGUCAUUCGGCAAGAUUGUGGCCGUCAGUAUAACGGCAACAGCGGCUAGUAUAGGCGCGGCUGGAAUCCCGCAGGCUGGCCUCGUUACCAUGGUGAUGGUGUUGGAUACCGUUGGCCUUCCAGCUGAAGACAUCUCUCUUAUUUUUGCAGUUGAUUGGCUAUUAGAUCGAUUCCGAACAACAAUCAACGUGGUGUGCGACGCUUUGGGCGCUAUUAUUGUAGCGUCACUAUCUCAAGCAGACAUAGAAAAAUGUCGUGCGCAAACCGAAAGGGAAGGACCCGGGCACGAGCUCAGCGAUCUUGAAAAGGGCGAACAUUAACAAACUUUUUGUAACGUCCAUAGUGAUAUUUCCCACAAAAUAAUGACCAAAGGAAAAUAAAUAUAUAUUAUAAACCCAAUAAUAAAACUUGAUUUAAAGUAAUUUAAGUAUCAUCAAAAGAGCAGACGAUUGAUAUUGGCGAUUUAAUAAACACUGUUAUACAAGGAAAUAUAUUAGGUCUCUUACGUAUUCAGUUGUUAUUCAAUGUGGCUACAAUAGUCUAAAUAUAUAGUGCGUCACAUUCUCCAUUGGGGAAGUUCAAGCAAUAUUGUUAAACCCAAUUGUAGACAAAUAAAGGCAUUACGCCGUAAUAGUCGUCUCAAUGUUGAUCAUAAUAGGUAUUCACAGAAUUGUUAUUUUUAAUUUUAAUUCUGAUUUAUUAUUUGUUAAUUUUCUUUUAAUGGAAUCGUUCAUUUUUUAGUAAUUCUGUUUUCGAUUUAAGUUUUAUUAAUUAUUUUCAAGUAAGAACAUAUCAUAAAAAUAUUGUUUAAUUAUCGGCUCUUAAUUUUGUUUAAUUGAUUUAAGGUCAAGUAUUAUUAGAACUUAGAAGUAGAAAUGGCUUGCAAUUUGAUUGUAUGAGAUUUUCAACUCUAAAUAUACUAUUACUAAAAUCUAUUUUCAUAAAUAUUUUUCAUAUUCCGACUUGUGAAUAAUUCUAUUAGUAUAUUCACUUAUCUUUGUGUGAAUGUAUUUAUUUGUGCGCCUGGUAAGUACAUUUUAUUAAGUAAGAAUUGUGUAUACUGUACCAAAUACUAGCUGUAAAUUAGACGAUAGUAAUUGAAAUUUGCAGUUGCAUUCCAUUUUAUAUUAGCCCGGAUAUUAUUUCCCGGAACGUAAAAAGAUAUAUGUAUAAUCAUAAUUAUUAGGUUUAAUCUAGAAUAGGAAUAUACCGCACAGUGAAAACAUAUAGUAUAGCUAAGAUUAACUGACCGAUUUCAUUACAAUUUUUAAUGAUUAAUAAAGUUUCUCAGGAUAUUUAAUAAUUGU